GUGAUCUGUUCGUUCUAUCUUCUUUUUACGUCUCUCUGCUCGAGGCUUGUGCCAUCCUCUCAACAUGUUCAAAGUCAAUUGACAAAGUAGAAAAACCCUAAUUCCAGAUAAUUAAAGAGAAGAAGAAGAAGAAGAUGUGGGGAUAUGGAGGAAAGUACUAUUGGCGUAAGAGGAACAACCAAGGAGGAGGAGGAGGAAGAUGCGAAGCGAUCGUUGUGGUUUUCGCUUGGAUGUCCAGCGAAGAACGCAAUCUCAAGAACCAUGUCGAUCUCUAUGAUUCUCUUCUUUGGGACUCACUCGUUUGCCAUUCCCAAUUCCUCAACAUGUUCUUACCGGACAAAGCUGCGGAUCUAGCUUCUGAUCUUGUGUCUGAACUUGUAAAGGAGAUCAAGGCAAAGCCAGUUCCUCUAGUGUUUGCUUCUUUCUCAGGAGGUCCUAAUGCUUGUAUGUAUAAGGUUCUUCAAAUACUUGAAAGGAUAUGCGACACAGGACUCAAUCAGGAUGAUUGUAGGUUGGUUAGAAACUGCAUCUCAGGGUUUAUCUAUGACUCAUCUCCUGUCGAUUUCACCAGCGACUUGGGAGCUCGAUUAGCUGUUCAUCCAACUACGCUCAGAAUGUCUAAACCACCUAAACCAUUUGUAUGGGCAGCCAAUGGUAUUGCUUCGAGUCUCGAUUAUGUUUUCCUCAACAGGUUUGAAUCACAGCGAGCUGAGUUUUGGCAGACUCUUUACUCUACUAUAACCAUGAGAGUUCCUUAUCUCAUUCUAUGCUCUGAAAACGAUGACCUAGCUCCUUACCAAACUAUACACAACUUCGCCACACGUCUCCAAGAGCUAGGAGGGAAUGUAAAACUUGUUAAAUGGAAUGAUUCUCCUCACGUUGGUCAUUAUCGGUACAAUCAAGUCGACUAUAAAGCAGCUGUAUCCGACUUCUUGUCAAAAGCAGCGUCUGUUUAUUUGCAGAAGACAAGAAGUCUUGACAGAGAAGCAAUGAAAGAAGAAACUCCAUGCGAUGAUGACAUAACAGAGCCAACUCAAAGCUUUGGGGCAUCAACCUCUGGUCUUAACCGAAGCUUCAACGGAACUCCACUUGUCACAACUGAUCAUUUCUUCGUGCCUAGAAGCACCGUUGGUUACUUUGUGGGCAACGGUGGGUCUGUGCAAGAUGAACAUAAACAAGAUUUGAUCCGUUUGUCCAGUGCUCAAAACGGAGAUGAUGCUGUUAAGCCCAAUGGUGUUCUUGGUCAAAUGUUGUUUGAUGUUUACAUCCCCAAGAACGUCGAGGAUUGGGAUGUGAAGCUGUCGGAAACCGGGCGGUCUAGGAGGAGACAAGGGAAGAGGUUUAUACGUAGAUCGAGAUUGUAGCAUCUGAGCUGUGUUUACUUACCAUUUGUGUUCUUCGCAUACUGUUGCAGUGGAAUUGUAUUUGUUUUUGUCUUCCCUUACAGAGAUUCUAAAUAAAAUCAAUAAAGUAAGAUCCAUUUUGCAGAA